AAGGCAUCCCCACAGACCACUGCGACUCCUUUGCCCAAGCAAGAAAAGCAAGAAGAAGUCGUCAAACAGCCACAACCUGUCAUCAAACUGAAAGUUGGUCGUCCACCGAAGGCCGCGAAAAUGGCUAUGCUAUCCGUGAACACAGCAGAACCGGUCAUUCCCACACCAACUCCACCUACAAAUGUGAUGGCUGGUGGAAACGCAACUAACACUUCUCCUUCGCGUGCAACGAAACGUGCCUACAACCGCAAAUCUGCUCCUGCGUUGACACCUCCAAAGAUUCAAAAAACUGAUAACGAGGAGAUAAUUAGCAUGUCAUCGAAGUCUGCAAAAUCUGAAGCUGAUCUAAGCAGUGAAAUCCGUCCAUCGCGUGCGCGUAAAACGCCGAAAUGGCUUGAAGACAGCGCCUUCCUCGUUUAA